GCCAGAACCGUCAUGCUCCAGUCGACCUCUAUACGCUCGUUGCGAGCGGUCUCCCGUCUCAAUGGCCGGCGACUCGCCUCUCACGGCCCCGUCCACAACGAGCCCUCCGGCUUCCUCUUCGGCGAGAAGCCCCCCGCACCCGGUCAGAAGCGACAGAAGGAGAACUGGGAGAAUAUCUGGUAUAUUGGCAUGUACGGGUCCAUGAUCGUCGCCGCGAUUGGUCUCUACUACAAGCCGGACACCAGCAUACAAACAUGGGCCCUCGCAGAGGCGAAGCGCCGGAUGGAGGAGCGCGGCGAGCAGUACAAGUACGAGCCUGGCGUUCGGCCACCGCAGUAG